AUGACAAUCUGCAUCUGGAAGGGAAGUUUUAACAUUAGGCUGGUAUUGAUUGUGGUGCUGCUGAUUGUACUCCUACGUCAUACAGUAUGCAAGACAGAUGAUGUGAAUUGCACUAUAUAUGAUGAUCCACUCCCUAUUCCUCAUGAAUUUUAUCAGCCAGGCAAUCUUCUCAUUGGAGGGAUGGUUUCUCAGGUUUUCUGCUUCUACAACACUCUGAAUUUCAUGGAACAGCCUGCAGAGAUGGUGAUUGAUGACCCUGUAUUGGUACCAAAGAACUACCAGCACAUCUUAGCCCUGGCUUUUGCUGUAAAAGAGAUCAAUGAGAAUCCCAACAUUUUACCAAAUACCACUUUGGGCUUCCAUAUCCUCAACAGCUACUAUUUAUCAAAGAUGACUUAUAAGGCCUCCCUUAGCCUGAUUUCUACAUACCAUCGGUUUGUUCCUAAUUACAAGUGUGAUACCAAAGGAAAUCUUGUAGCUAUCAUUGGAGGGCUUGUCUCAGAAACCACUGCUAAUAUGGCCACCAUUUUAUCACUCUAUAAGAUUCCACAGCUCACUUAUGGAACCCUUUCUUCAGCCUAUGGUGACAAAAUGCUAUUCCCUUCUUUGUACCAGAUGGUCCCAAAUGAAGCCUAUCAAUACAUGGGGGUGGUCCAGUUACUUCUCUAUUUCAAAUGGACGUGGAUUGGGCUAGUUGCUGUGGAUGACGACAGUGGGGACAGGUUUUUGCAGACAUUUGUGCCAAUGCUUUCUGAGAACAACAGCAAAGCCAAUGUCUAUUUUGUAUAUGGAGAACCCCCAUCUCUACACAUUCUGAGGCUGUUGCUAUUUUUAGAAGAAAAGUCAUCUCUGAGUAAAGUAUGGAUUUUUACAUCCCAAUGGGAUUUUGAGUCACUGUCUUUACAAAGGGUUUGGGAUACAGAAAUAUUCCAUGGUACCCUGUCCUUCACAGUUCACACAAAUCAGCCACCAGGAUUCCAACAUUUUGUUCAGCUCAUAAGACCUUCCUGGAAAAAAGGAGAUCAUUUUAUCCAGAAAUUCUGGGAGCAGGCCUUCAGUUGUUCAUUGAAAAAUUCCAGUGUUCAUGUGGAGAGUGAGAAGAUCUGCACUGGGGAGGAGAAACUGGAGAGCCUUCCUUUGAUGUUUUUUGAAAUAAGCAUGACUGGCCACAGUUAUAAUGUCUAUAGUGCUGUCCUUGCUGUAGCACAUGCUUUACAUCACAUGUCUGUAUCCAGAUCCAAACCAGGAAAACUGUUAAAAGAAAACAGGCUGGAGUUUCAGAAUGUAGAGCCAUGGCAGCUACAUCACUUUCUAGGGAGCAUCUCAUUCAACAACAGUGCCGGAGACACUGUAUGUUUUGAUGAGGAAGGCAAAUUAAUUGCAAGCUUUGAUGUUACAAACUGGGUAACUUUCCCAAAUGGCUCUUUCCUUAGAGUGAAAGUGGGCAGGCUGGAUCCUCAAGCUUCUCUUGGUAAUGCAUUAAUCCUUAACGGUGAUCAGAUUCUGUGGCACAGAAGCUUCAACCAGGUGUUGCCUAUUUCUGUGUGCAACAACAACUGCCUUCCUGGCUACAGCAGGAAAAAGAAGGAGGGAGAAAAGUUUUGCUGCUAUGACUGUAUUUCAUGUCCAGAAGGAAUGGUCUCCAAGCAGAAGGAUGUGGAUACCUGUGUCCAUUGUCCAGACGAGAGCUACCCCAACAAGGACCAAAACCAAUGCAUUCCCAAAAUUAUAAGCUACCUGUCAUAUGGAGAACCCCUAGGAUUCAUCUUGGCUAAACUCGCUGUUUCUUUCAUUCUGAUUACUGCUUUGGUGCUUGCAACAUUUUUGAAGCACCAGAACACUCCCAUAGUUAAAGCCAACAACCGGAGCCUCACCUACCUUCUCCUCAUAUCCCUCCUUCUUUGUUUCCUCUGUUCCUUUCUGUUCAUUGGGCAGCCUGAAAGAGUUACCUGCUGGCUCCAACAAAUUGCCUUUGGCAUCAUCUUCUGUGUGGCCCUUUCAAGUGUAUUGGCCAAAACUAUCACUGUGAUUCUGGCAUUCAUGACUACUAAACCAGGAUCUGAGAUGAGGAAAUGGAUGGGGAAAAGACUGGGAAAUUCUAUUGUUCUUUCUUGCUCUUUCAUUCAAAUAUGUAUUUGUACCAUUUGGCUAACCACUUUUCCUCCAUUCCCAGAUAAGGACAUGUAUUCAUGGAAUGGGAAAAUCAUAUUACAAUGUAAUGAGGGCUCAGCUACCCUGUUUUACUGUGUCAUGGGUUACAUGGGUUCCCUAGCUUUUGUCAGCUUCACUGUGGCUGUAUUUGCUAGGAAGUUACCUGACAGUUUCAAUGAAGCCAAAUUUAUCACUUUCAGCAUGUUGGUGUUUUGCAGUGUUUGGUUGUGCUUUGUUCCCACCUACCUGAGUACCAAAGGGAAAUACAUGGUGGCUGUGGAGAUUUUCUCUAUUUUACCUUCCAGUGCUGGCAUACUGGUUUGCAUUUUUUCCCCAAAAUGCUACAUCAUUUUACUGCAGCCUGAACUAAACAACAGGGAGCAGUUAAUAAGGAGAAAAAUAAUUGUGAAUGGCCAGUGGGUCCCAAGCAGCCCAGUUGAUGGAUGGGGCUCUUCCACAGCUUUGUAUGAAGUGAAAACAACUAAGAUAGAAAUGGAUCUUGGGCAAGCCACCUACAAGCAGAACCACAGUACCGUGCAAGAGUUCAUCUUGCUGGGAUACCAAGAAUACCCUGCCCUCCUCUUCACCGUCUUCCUGGCCACGUACACAGCCAUCCUCCUGGGGAAUGGUCUGAUUGUGGUGGAAACAUCCCGAACUCCCAGGGACAUAUCGGUGAAUGAAACUCUGGAGCUCGCCACCAGUUCCUCGACCCUCAAGGCCCCAAAAAAGGCCAGCAUGAACUCGGUCUCAAAUAGUGUGGUCUUGUACGGGGACCAAUACAACGCCAAAAGCUCCCGCAAAACCCGCACCAAUAAAUCAAAGGUCAAAGGCCGGUGA